AUGAGUUAUUGUUUAUACAAAAAUUCUGUAGGAAAGAAAUUGACCGGCGAGGUUUGCAAAGGAACAAAUAAUUUAAGAGCAUGUCGGGGAGGAAAUUUAAUUGACAAUGUUCUAGACUGGGAACAUGAUUUGCCUGAGAGCGAUCUGGAUUUAGCUUUCAUGCACUCAUCUUUGGCAGAUUUGAAUAUCUGCCUAGGAACAACACUGCAGAUUGUGCCAAGUGGUAAUCUUCCUCUUAGGAAUAAACGAUAUGGUGGGAGAUUAGUCAUCUGUAAUCUACAAACGACAAAGCAUGAUAAAAAAGCAGAUCUUGUUAUUUCAACAUAUGUUGAUACAAUUAUUGAAAAAAUUGCAAAAAGAUUGGGUGUAGAAAUUCCUGCUUAUAUGGAUCAAAUAGAUCCAACCAGAGCCAACCCUUGUUCUCUAGAGUGGACUAUUCCUUUGGGAGAUGUGAAAACACUAGACAAGCAGUACUCCAAAACCAUACGAUUAUUAACGAAGAAUCGCAAGAAGAAUGCAUUAAGUGAUGUAAAAUAUGGACCGGAUGAUUUCAAAAUAGAAUAA